CUUCUGUGAGGGGGUCUGGGGAUUUAAGUUGUUCCAAUCUCCUGCUAAGGACAGAGGGUAGGAGAUGAGCUGUUGAGCUACGGGACAGCUUUUAAGGGUGAAUCGGCUGCAAAAAUCAGCUGCAGAAAGAGGGGGAUCUGUCCACCAAAGGCUCUGUGUUGACCACAAGAGGUGUGGGGGGAAAAGGAAACUUUCUUAAUCUUACGGACGAGUUGAGCCCUUUGCGGCAAGGGGCUGAGACGCAGGGAUGGAGAACGCACAUACCAAAAGCACAGAGGAAUGCUUAGCCUAUUUUGGAGUCAACGAAACAACGGGUCUAUCUCCCGAACAGGUCAAGAAGAAUUUUGACAAGUUUGGACCCAAUGGUAUGUUGAAAAUGUCACUCUCUGUACCUUUUCCAUGCGCCCUAAGUCCUUGGAGAUCCUUAGUGGACGUCUCCGCUUCCCUCCAAAUUAAGCCGGCUCUGGCCUCUUGGCAAAACUGAUAGUAGUGUCAACGAUUUCUCCCAUUGUAUACUGUCAUUCUUAUAACAGCAAUUAUGGCUUUUAAUUACAUAUCAAGGAUACGGACAUUAAUAUGUUGUCAUCCGACCAAUACAAGAAAAGGGCUUUAAGAUGUCAAACAGUGAAUGAUUAUCAAUGGAGAGCUGUAGCAUAUAAAAUUUGAUAAUUAUGAGAAGAUGCAUAUUAUCUGCUUGCUAGGAGAUCAGCUAGGAUAGAUGUGAUGGGGGCAUUAUUGACAUCAAUAAAAUGGUACCAGCAAACAGAUAAACAUAUUGGUGGAAAAAUGGUGCUAAUGUUAAAUGUAAUGUACUCUGUUUAUGUGCUAUAUAAUUAUACAGACAGCUUUCACUCAAUCGAGUGUCGAAAAGAUGAGCGCAGACAGUUGCAGAGCAAUGUGUUGCACUCACUUUUGGCAAUCGAAGAGUUACUGAGUGUUUUUUAUAUUUUGUUUUUAACGUCACUUUCCCAUUUUAUCUGCGAUAUGUAAAACAUGAUAAUAUAUGAUUGGAAAUCAGAAAGGGGUAUGCAAAGUAUGUGAGGGUUUUGGCAAAGUAAGAAGAUGAAUUAAAUGUAUGGAUAGGGGCUGAGGGAAUGUACAAUACAGUACUCCUAGGUGUCUAAACCAGUACUGAUACAGUUAAAUUGUAUUGUACAAGGCUGUUUUGAGCACCUGGCUCUGACCUGUGUUUAAAAGUCCUGAUUUAUCAGGUGUUAGUACUAAAAGAAUAACCUUGGAUGUAGUGAAAUAAAAAGUGGGUGACAUAAACAAGGGGUUAGGGGAAGUGAUAAAUGGUAGACGUAAUGCAGCAGAGACAGUUGGAUUGUGAUAUAUGUUAUUAAUUGUUUAUCAUUUUUAAAUUCUUGGGUGAGAAAUGUAUCCUUAGCUAGUAUGUGAGCAAAGGUAGGUAGCAGGUAGAUCUCCAGCUGUUGUGGAAAUUAUGUACCAGUGAAUGCAAUAUCUCUCUCUUUGUCCCCAAGGUGUUAUGGAAACUCUGGUGUUUUGUCCUCCAAGUAGUGACUCUUCAUAAUUUCUUAUCAUUAAAGACAGUAAUUUAAACCCAGUUUGCACAGGCCCCACAUAAACUUGGGGAGUGGAGAAAACUCAGUUCUGUCCCGCUAUAGAUCAACUCCCAAAAUAAUAUGACUACAAUGACAGGUGAUCAAAUGAAGAAUCAGUGAAUGAAACAGACAGUCCCACACCCAGCCAGCUCCUGGUAUAGUGAUAUCUGGAGAUGAUGCAGGGAUGGUUGGGUGGGGGAUGUAUGGAUGGUCUGAGAGACAGAAGCAUAGGACAGGACGUCUGCUCUGUGCUUCUUGUCACCUUGCAAGGAGAUAAAGAAAGUUCAGGGUCCUCUCCAGCACUCACUUCACUGUCAGGAGGGACCUGUAACACCCCCUAAUUACUGAAUGCUAUGUCUGGAAUCCUGCUGGUGAGACACUGGCUUUUUAACAAUUGACACACAUAACUCCCAAGUCCAGGGAGGGUAGAUUUGUGUAUCUGGUUGUAAAUUGCGAUAAAUGUCAACAUAUCCACAAAUCCAAUGGGAUGGUCCAAGAAGACAGUGCCCUGGGGGUUCCCAGACCGAGCAUGUUAUUACUGAGUUUCUAUCAUUAAGUUUUACUGUUCCCUUGGGACACUGAGGGGAUCUCUCUAAAUGUCACAUUCCAUCAGCAGAAGCCACAUGUCUAUAAACUGUCACAAUGGCCGGCAUCAAAUCCACAGAGCACUUUGUUCUCUGCACUGGGCCAGGACGUAAGGAGGUUUGAAAGCUAUUUUUUCAACUUUUCAGGGCUGAGGAUUAAGGCAAAUAUCUAUUUUAGGCCCCUCUGAGUAAUAGGGUCCUGAGUGUGAUAGCCAAACUGUAUGUAGAUUGUAGAGUUUACCAUCUAUUGUUGAUAGUUUUUUCAAAAUAUUCUUUAACAGCAUUGCAUUUAUAAGGAUGCAAAGUAAUAAUUAUUUUAUUAUUUAUAUAGCGCCAUCAGAUUCCGUAGCGCUGUACAAUAGAUAUUAUGGUGCCAUUUAAAAUGUUUCACCCAGGGUUAGGAGGUAUUAAGGAGCUAUGUAUAGUUAGUUUAAGUGGUACCUGAAUUAAGUUGUAAUGGACUGUAACUCCCAUCAUUCUUGGCCAGAGGAAUCCCAUCUAAGAGUGAUGGGAAUAUUUCUACAUCUACGAGGGUUAAGAGGUUACAAUAUAGCAUUCCCCCUCCCAGGGGUUUAUUUGUACAACGCUACAGAAUAUGUUGGCAUAAAUAAUUGUAACUCUAAUGAAUCAUGACUCUUAUCUAUGAUGAGCCAUUACAUCGUGCUGCUAAUCAAUAUUUUGAGGCUACUUCCUACAUGCAUCCCUUACAUCAUUUAUAAAGAGACAGUGGGUUCUGUAAUGGGGCAGGCAGAAUCUGAUACAGGAGCUGAAGGUCUUCUCUGGAAAAAGAUUGCAAUUUAGGAGACGUUGGGCUUUUGAACACACAGUGCAGAUGGCCUCUGUGUUUCGAGGUCUUAUUGUAAGGCCAGAACCAGGGAUAAUGAAGGAUGAUUGAAACAGCUGAGAUAAAAGUACAAUGGCCCAUAGUAAUAUAUAGCAUUACUGUACAUUAAUUGCGAUUUGCAGUAUUGGUAUAUUACACCCAUAGUAAUAUACAGCAUUACUGUACAUUAAUUGUGAUAUACAGUAUCAGUAUAUAACAUCCAUAGUAAUAUACAGCGUUACUGUACAUUAAUUGUGAUAUACAGUAUCAGUAUAUAACAUCCAUAGUAAUAUACAGCGUUACUGUAUAUUAAUUGUGAUAUACAGUAUCAGUAUAUUACAUCCAUAGUAAUAUAUAGCGUUACUGUAUAUUAAUUGUGAUAUACAGUAUCAGUAUAUUACACCCAUAGUAAUAUACAGCGUUACUGUACAUUAAUUGCAAUAUACAGUAUCAGUAUAUUACACCCUUAGUAAUAUAUAGCGUUACUGUAUAUUAAUUGUGAUAUACAGUGUCAAUAUAUAACAGCAUCAGUAUAUAACACCCAUAGUAAUAUAUAGCGUUACUGUGCAUUAAUUGCAAUAUACAGUAUCAGAAUAUUACAUCCAUAGUAAUAUAUAGCGUUACUGUAUAUUAAUUGCAAUAUACAGUAUCAGAAUAUUACAUCCAUAGUAAUAUAUAGCGUUACUGUAUAUUAAUUGCGAUAUACAGUAUCAGUAUAUUACACCCAUAGUAAUAUAUAGCGUUACUGUAUAUUAAUUGUGAUAUACAGUGUCAGUAUAUUACACCCUUAGUAAUAUAUAGCGUUACUGUACAUUAAUUGUGAUAUACAGUAUCGGUAUAUUACACCCUUAGUAAAUUCACUGUUAUCAUUCUUCUAUAUUAUAAGCUUUCCCAGUGAUGUAUAUCGUGUCUGCGUGUUCCCAGUGAUGUAUAUCGUGUCUGCGUGUUACCAGCGAUGUAUAUCAUGUCUGCGUAUUCCCAACGAUGACUAGUGUUACUGAUUCAUGCGCCACGACAUAUAGUGUUACUGUAUAUUCUGCACAUUCCUAGUGAUAUCUAUAGACAGGGAUUAUGCUAGACUGAUAUACUAUACAUACCUUGUUCCAUAUAAAGGGAAGAUAGAGAGGUUCAGAAAUACACCCAGGGCUGCACGAACAUGCCUUGUAGGCAGUGCACAUGGCUGGGCUGCCUGAUGCCACAUCCUUAUACAGACAGCUCGCCGUGUCCUUCCAGGGAGUCCCUGACUGCAAAGUGCUGAGUGAGGCUUUCCAUGCCGGGAGAUUCCCACCAAGUGCUAAGCUCAAUGUCAAACUCCAUCUGACACAUCUAGAGAUAUAUUGUUACCCAGAUCUAGAGAUAUAUUCUAACUCACUUCUAGAGAUAUAUUCUACCUCACUUCUAGAGAUAUAUUCUAACUCACUUCUAGAGAUAUACUCUUAACCACGUCUAGAGAUAUAUACUAACUCACUUCUAGAGAUUCACUCUAACUCACUUCUAGAGAUAUAUACUAAAUCACUUCUAGAGAUAUAUACUAACUCACUUCUAGAGAUAUACUCUUAACCACAUCUAGAGAUAUACUCUUACACAAUUCUAGAGAUUCACUCUAACUCACUUCUAGAGAUAUAUACUAACUCACUUCUAGAGAUAUACUCUUAACCACAUCUAGAGAUAUACUCUUACACAAUUCUAGAGAUUCACUCUAACUCACUUCUAGAGAUAUAUACUAACUCACUUCUAGAGAUUCACUCUAACUCACUUCUAGAGAUAUAUACUAAAUCACUUCUAGAGAUAUAUUCUAACUCCCUUCUAGAGAUGUAUUCUAACUCACUUCUAGAGAUAUAUUCUAACUAACUUUUAGAGAUAUAUUCUAACUCACUUCUAGAUAUAUACUCUUAACCACAUCUAGAGAUAUACUCUUACACAAUUCUAGAGAUUCACUCUAACUCACUUCUAGAGAUAUAUACUAACUCACUUCUAGAGAUUCACUCUAACUCACUUCUAGAGAUAUAUACUAAAUCACUUCUAGAGAUAUAUUCUAACUCACUUCUAGAGAUUCACUCUAACUCACUUCUAGAGAUAUAUUCCAUCUGGCCUUACCCAUGCAUUUAGUUAAACACUUACCCACAUCUAAAUAGCUAUACAGACCAACAUCUAGAGAUCUGCCCUUUCCCAGACCUUGAUAUAUAUCCUUACCUAUAUCUAGAUAUGUACCGCGACCCUUCCCUUGAUAUGUUACUGAAAUCUUACCACAUCUUCAAAUAUACCUUACUUUUACCACAUCUAGAUAUCUACACCGACCCUCAUCUCCAUAUAUACCUCUAUGCACAUCUAUAAAUAUAUACCCUAUACAUACCCUUAUACAGGUUUUUUUUUUUUAAAGAGUGGAGCAUUGUAAAUUAGUAGGGCAUUCAUAACUAGUUUUAAAGAUGUAUAAUAUUUAGCAUGCACAAGAGAAAUGAAGAUAAAGGUAAAGUAAAAGUGGUAGUAAAGGAAAGUAAAAAAUAACGACGUACAUAGUUACAUAGAUACAUAGCUGAAAAGAGACUUGCGUCCAUCAAAUUCAGCCUUCCUCACAUUUGUUUUUUGCUGUUGAUCCAAAGGAAGGCAUAAAAACCCAGUUUGAAGCACAAUUUUGCAACAAGCUAGGAAAAAAAGUCCUUCUUGACCCCAGAAUGGCAGUCAGAUUUAUCCUUGGAUCAAGCAGUUAUUACCCUACAUUGAAAGAUUAUAUCCUUGAAUAUUCUGUUUUUGCAAGUAUGCAUCUAGUAGCUGUUUGAACAUCUGUAUGGACUCUGAUAAAACCACUUCUUCAGGCAGAGAAUUCCACAUCCUGAUUCUUCUUACAGUAAAAAAACCUUUCCUUUGCCUUAGACGAAAUCUUCUUUCUUCCAGUCUAAACGCAUGGCCUCGUGUCCUAUGUAAAGUCCGGUUUGUGAAUAGAUUUCCACACAAUGGUUUGUAUUGGCCCCGAAUAUAUUUGUAUAAUGUUAUCAUAUCCCCUCUCAGGCGACGUUUUUCUAAACUAAAUAGGUUUAAAUUUGUUAACCUUUCUUCAUAGCCGAUAUGUUCCAUUCCUUUUAUUAAUUUUGUAGCCCGCCUCUGCACUUUUUCUAGUGCCAUAAUAUCCUUCUUUAGAACAGGUGCCCAAAAUUGCACAGCAUAUUCAAUAUGGGGUCUUACCAGUGAUUUAUAAAGAGGCAAAAUUAUAUUCUUGUCCCGAGAAUGAAUGCCCUUUUUCAUGCAUGACAAUACCUUACUGGCCUUGACCACUGCUGAUUGACAUUGCACAUUGUUGCAUAGUUUGUUGUCUAUAACAAUUCCCAAGUCCUUUUCGUGUGUUGUUAUCCCUAAUUCGCUUCCAUUAAGGGUAUACGUUGCUUGUGUAUUCUUUACGCCGAAGUGCAUAACUUUGCAUUUUUCAACAUUAAAUUUCAUCUGCCAUUUGAGUGCCCAGUCCCCCCAGUCUAUCUAAAUCCCUCUGCAGCAAAGUAAUAUCUUGCUCACAUUGUAUUAUUUUACAAAGUUUUGUGUCAUCUGCAAACACCGAAAUAUGACUUUCAAUGCUGUCUUCAAGAUCAUUUAUAAACAUGUUAAAUAGAAGGGGUUCCAGAACAGACCCCUGAGGGACACCACUUACCACCUCUGUCCAGCUUGAAAAUUUACCAUUAAUGACAACUCUUUGUACUCUGUUUUUAAGCCAAUGUUCUACCCAAGAACAAGCAUUUUCAUCCAGACCGAUUUCCUUGAGUUUGAACACUAAUCUAUUGUGUGGAACUGUAUCAAAUGCAUGGAACUGUAUCAAAUGCAUGGACUUAGUCCCAUCCGUGAUUGUUCUCUUACUCUUGUCAAUGCAAUCAUGUACAAACAACAAAAGUGCCUCAUACCUACCUACCUGUAAAACAAUACAUACCUCAUGCUAACUUACCCUCUCUGCUUUUACCUACCUGUAAAACAAUACACACCUCUAGCUUACUUACCUUCCCCCUCUACCUACCUGUAAAACAAUAUAUACCUCUUGCUAACUUACCUUCCCCCUCUACUUACCUGUAAAACAAUACAUACCUCUAGCUAACUUACCUUCCCCCUCUACUUACCUGUAAAACAAUAUAUACCUCUCGCUAACUUACCUUCCCCCUCUACUUACCUGUAAAACAAUACACACCUCUGGCUUACUUACCUUCCCCCUCUACUUACCUGUAAAACAAUAUAUACCUCUCGCUAACUACCUUCCCCCUCUACUUACCUGUAAAACAAUACAUACCUCUAGCUAACUUACCUUCCCCCUCUACUUACCUGUAAAACAAUAUAUACCUCUCGCUAACUUACCUUCCCCCUCUACUUACCUGUAAAACAAUACACACCUCUGGCUUACUUACCUUCCCCCUCUACUUACCUGUAAAACAAUAUAUACCUCUCGCUAACUUACCCUCCCCCUCUACCUACCUGUAAAACAAUACAUACCUCUAGCUAACUUACCCUCUCUGCUUCUACAUACCUGUAAAACAAUGCAUACUUCUAGCUAACUUACCCUCCCCCUCUACCUACCUGUAAAGCAAUAUAUACCUCUAGCUAACUUACCCUCUCUGCUUAUACCUACCUAUAAAACAAUACAUACCUCUAGCUAACGUACCCUCCCCGUCUAGCUACCUAUAAAACAAUACAUACCUCUAGCUAACUUACACUCUCUGCCUCUACCUACAUGUAAAACAAUACAUAGCUCUAGCUAACUUACCCUCUCCGCUACUACCUACCUGUAAAACAAUACAUACCUCUAGCUAACUUACCCUCUCCGCUACUACCUACCUGUAAAACAAUACAUAACUCUAUCUACCGCAAUACAUACCUCUCUGCCUCUACCUACCUGUAAAACAAUAUAUACCUCUACCCUCUCCGCUUCCACCUACCCGUAAAACAAUACAUACCUCUAGCUAACUUACCCUCUCUGCUUCCACCUACCCGUAAAACAAUAUAUACCUCUAGCUAACUUACCCUCUCCGCUUCUACCUACCUGUAAAACAAUACAUACCUCUAGCUAACUUACCCUCUCCGCUUCUACCUACCUGUAAAGCAAUACAUACCUCUAGCUAACUUACCCUCUCCGCUUCUACCUACCUGUAAAGCAAUACAUACCUCUAGCUAAGUUACCUCCCCCUCUACCUACCUGUAACGCAAUACAUACCUCUAGCUAACUUACCCUCCCCCUCUACCUACCUGUAACGCAAUACAUACCUCUAGCUAACUUACCCUCUCUGCUUCGACCUACCUGUAAAGCAAUACAUACCUCUAGCUAACUUACCCUCUCUGCUUCGACCUACCUGUAAAGCAAUGCAUACCUAUACCUACCUGUAAACUGCCUAUGCAGGUCCAUAUGCAAUGCUCCCCCUCUCUAUAGAGAUUUCUGGUUGGUAGUGAAAAAACACCAUGGCUUCCUUUAUAAAAUAUGGAGUCUCAUAACAGAGAGCAUGUGAUGUCACAGCCAACCAAAGUCUGGGAUUUGCAGGAAAUGGUUCUGUGACUGCUCCCAUGAUGCAUUGUGCCCAAUAUACUCAAAGAAAAGCGAAACUCAGUUAAAUAAGAUUUAAACUGCUGACCUAAAAACAGUAAACACACAGUCUGGGUGAUUCAUUAAAGAGUCAUGUGCUCAAAAGUGGUGCAAAGUUUAAAAAAUUGAGUCAAUAACCAUGGAAACCAAUGGGACCAGCAAGGAAAUCCCAUUGAACAUCACUCUAAAACUUUGCAAUACUUCUUAAAACAUGAAACUUUAAUAAAUCCCUACGGAAAAAAAAUAAAUAAAAAAUAUGCAGGUUUUCAAGUGUAAUAUAAUAGGGGCAUCGACGAUGUCUAAAAGUAUCUGCUGUUUAAAUACUAAAAUAAGAUUUUGCCAGACACUUCCUGUGCUUUUUUUUUUUUUAAUCCAUCCGAGGAUUGUUGGACUUGAAGUCGCCAACAGCUGGAGAGUUUGAUUUUUUAACUUCCCUGGAGCAUAACCGUGUUUAUUUCAGCAGGUCAGCACAUAGGGGCUCAGUUUGCUUUGAAUUCUAUGAAGCUAGCUGUGCCUCUCCCUGGGGCGGCAGGGUUUGCUUUGGCAGUGCUGACGUUGAAGGGCGAAUGAGGGCUUCGUGUUUAGAAUGUGUGUUUUGGCGGGUACCGCAUAGGAAGAUCCAGAGAUUUAUCACCGGGCGCAUUCUGUUCUCUGGACCAUGGCAUUGACACAUAAUAAAUGCAUGACCUAAACUGGCAGCACGCUGCACAUCACCAGCCCUGUGCACAUCAACAGAAUCAUUCGGUGACAUGCGUGUCUACACUGACGCAGCCAAUGAUUAGAUACACUUUCUCUCUGUCGUAUGCCGACGCUUUACGUAUUUCCCUACUGUCCCUUGAAAAAUAUUUCCAUCAGUUUCAGUCACCCCUCAAAUCUGAUUUCUUAAAGAAAUAAAAACAAGACAUCAAUAAUUAAUGUGAUUGUAUAAAAAAUAUAUAUAUAUACUCAGUCCCCCUUGCGAGGGUUUAUUCUCUAAGUAAGAAUGUGAAAAUUGACAGCAAGCAAAACAUUCUGAAAUGUCAAAAUGGUUAAUUUUAUCAACAGUUAUUUUUGGCCUAACUUUUUAAACUUUUUUUUUAAAAAAAUCCAGUUUUUAAUUCCUCAUAAUGUACCAUUUAGUAGAAGCGCCCUGUGAUUGAUUUCAAGAUCAAUAGUGGUUGAAAUCUUAAUGAAAAGUGUGUGCGAUUCCUACCUUUGAUUAGCCGAAGGCUGGAGUUAUAUUACAAACAUUGUAAGUCAGUAUGUUUCCAAGGGCUCCAUGGAAUGGGAAGCCAUGACUAAGUAGUUUCACACUCACCCACGAUUGACAUAAAACAUGCGCUGUAGCCGAAGUGGUGCAGAGAUUGGCGACAUUGGAUUUUGGAGAACUGAAAGGAUGGAAUCUGGAUUAAUGAAUCCUGUUUCAUCAGCUUUGCAUGAUAUGAGAAGAGCACGGAGGGAUAUGACCAGUCUCAUCAUCCUGUUUUAGUUUUCCCUGAUUUUCAACUUCUGGAGAUAUCAACGAGCUCCAAAAGUGCAAUUUGUACAAUUUGAAUCUCUUACCUAGUGAAAGUGUCUCCUUUGUCACCAGAGAUGUAUCCCUAUAUUCCUGAGAGUAUUCCCAGGCAAAAACCUUAGACCCAAACCCAGCUUUGUGUGAGCCCUCCCUGAUAACGUGCAGUCAGAUCCCCUACAUUAGAUAUAAACCCAGCGCUGUCUGAGCCUGUCCUGAUAACGUGCGGUCAGAUCCCCUACAUUAGAUAUAAACCCAGCGCUGUCUGAGCCUGUCCUGAUAUAACGUGCGGUCAGAUCCCCUACAUUAGAUAUAAACCCAGCGCUGUCUGAGCCUGUCCUGAUAACGUGCAGUCAGAUCCCCUACAUUAGAUAUAAACCCAGCGCUGUCUGAGCCUGUCCUGAUAACGUGCAGUCAGAUCCCCUACAUUAGAUAUAAACCCAGCGCUGUCUGAGCCUGUCCUGAUAACGUGCAGUCAGAUCCCCAUUAGAUCCCAGCACUGUAGAUAACGUGCAGUCAGAUCCCCUACAUUAGAUAUAAACCCAGCGCUGUCCGAGCCUGUCCUGAUAACGUGCGGUCAGAUCCCUUACAUUAUCUUAUCUGCACCAUUUCCAGUAGAAUGUUUAGAUAAAAUGAACAUUGCCACAUUAUUAUAUGUCUAUCGCUUAGUUUAAUCAAGUUUUAAUUCAUUGUAUUUAUGUUGUCCACUGAUUUUGUUUGUCUCUCUCUUUCCUCCCCAAUUCCUCUUGGCUUCAAUUGACCAGAGCUGCCAGCUGAAGAGGGUGAGUGUAUUUUUAAUUUCAACUUUUUUUUAUGAAGACAUUUCUAGAAAAUGCAAAUGAUUAACCCUUUCCGCCUUACAUAUGCCGGCACUGUCUGGGUGUAAAUUAUAAUGUGAUUCAUGUCGCGGCCAGGACAUUUAAUGCAGUGCAAAUCCCUAUUUAUUAAACAAUGAUAUACUAUAUUUAAUAUGUUUUGGGCAAGCUUUUCAAAUGAUUUAAUAUUUUUGGAUAAACUUUGAAACAUAUUAUAUUUUUCAAAAUAUUCAAAUAUCAAAAAAAUAUAUCUUAUAUAAAAAUAUCAAUUUUUUUUUUAAUGUUAAAUUCUUUUAAAGGUUUUUCCAAAACUAUAAAAUCUAGGCUGACGUGUGUUGACAACUAACUUGCUGUAUUUUGUCCAAAAAGUUGGAUAUUUUCAUUAUUAUUAAAAUAAUUACAAUAUUAUCACUCACUUAAAACUGUUCUAGAUGUCAGCUCACCACAAUUCUCCCGCAGCAAGUCAGAUUAUUAAACCCUUUCAGGACCAACAACAUGUAAAGACUCUACCGAUGACAAAGGAUGUGUCUAACGUAGGUCUUGAAAGGGUUUUAAAUGCUUUUUUUUUUUUUUUAAAGUGAAAUGAGAGACAUCAGCAACAUAGUUGAUAAAAUAUAUUAAUUGACAUCAAGCAAACUGUAGAAAAAAAAAUAGCUGAAAUAAAUAAUUAUCCAAUUCAGCAUUUGUAAGCCUAAAAUGGCCUAAAAUGUCCAAAUCCUCUCUCGAGUACGCGUUCAGUGAAUGAACCUUGCUGUGCUGUUUUUUGUUUUUGCAUUCCAUUAAAGCUGUGUUAGGAUAUAUUUAGCAUUUAUAUUAUAUUUCAAUAUCUCUUGUCCAUUCCUCAAUAUAGGAAAAUCCAUUUGGGAACUCGUAGCCGAACAGUUUGAAGACUUGCUGGUCCGAAUCUUGUUAUUGGCGGCCUGUAUAUCAUUUGUAAGUAUGAAUAUUAUACUUCUGCCUGUUUCCUGAGACAAAGUGAGCCCAAAUCCCUUUGUCACUCUACUGCUACCAUGUAUCAGCUAAAAUCUGUUUCCUUGUACAUCAUGGAGCGUUGGAGGUCUUACUGAUACCAUAGAGAAAUGCGAUACAUGCAUUCUGAUCCCUCUCUAUGGUUUCAAGUAGUGUGUGCCAUGAACACAUUGACUUCAGAGCUGCAAUAAGUAACAGAGUCCUUAAGUUUGUGUUUUUAUUGUUUCAGCAUAAAAAUUGUUAUUGUUAAUUAUAAAUAAUAAGUCAGUUUAGAACUAUACUCUGCAUACUGCCAAUAAACAAGCCAAUACAUCUGACAUUUAGAAGCCAAUGGUGAGGUCAAAAUAUAUAUGCUAAAAUAGUUGGGAGCCCCUACGCUAUAAUAUGUUCUAAUAAGUUUAACAUGACGGGCCCUAGACUGCCUGUGCCUGGACUGUAGAGCUCACUGAUAAGACAGCCUCCCCGUUAUCCAGCAUUAUCCUUACUCAGGCAGCCUGCACUGCUAUUACACACAGUUACUGUUUAUAAUAGGACAUAAACACUGAUAGCUACUCACACACAAAAAACAUACACCAAGCCUGAGAUAUAUCUAAAGCCUAUAAAGUGAUUUAUAUAUUUAAACUGAUCCGGACACACACUAGGACCCACACUAUGAUCCCGACACACACUCAGACAGACACAUUGGUCCUGGCACAUACACUCAUAUACACAUACUCUGAUCCUGGCACACAUACACACACACACUCUGAUCCUUGCAUACAAACACACUCUGAUCCUGACAAACACACAUUCUCAUCCUGGCACACAUACAGACACAGUCAGAUCCUGACACACACACACACACACUGAUACUGACACACACUCUAAACCUGACACACAUACACACACACUCUCUGAUCCUGACAUACACAUACAGUCUGAUCCUGACACACACACACACACUCUGAUCCUGACACACACACUCUGAUCCUGACAUACACAGACACUCUGAUCCUGACACAUAUACACACUCUGAUCCUGACACACACACAUACACUCUGAUCCUGACACAUAUGCACACACUCUGAUCCUGACACACACACACACACACACACACUGACCCUGACACACAUAUACAUACUCUGAUCCACCAAUACAUUGAUCCUGGCACUCACACACACUCAGAGAUACACACACUGAUCCUUGCCCUUACACGCACUCAUACAUAUUGACCCUGGCAUGCAUAUACAUUCACACACACUUAUUCUGGAGUGCACACAUUUUCAUGUUCACACAAGCACAAUGAUCCUGACACACAUCACAAAGAUAUUUGCACACACAUAUCUUAAUGUAUACAAGAUACAUACAUAUUGUAAUACACAGACAUUGUGAUUCACACAUAUUAUGAUACAUAGACAUUGUGAUGCAUUCGCAUCACGAUACAUACACAUUGUGAUACACGCACAUUGUGAUAUAUAGACAUUGUGAUACACACACAUUGUGAUACAUACACAUUGUAAUACACACUUUGUGAUACGCACACAUUUUGUUCUAUAGACAUUGUAAUACAUGCACAUUGUGACACGCACACACUAUAUAUAUAUAUCAUGAUACACCAUUUACCCUGUCACGCUGUCACCUCUGACACUGUUACAAAACCUGACCCUGGUACAUGCAUCUGAUCUUGUCACACACACUGUACACACUGAUCUGGGAACACACAUAUUUAUCCCCAUGACAGCCCAUAAAUCUUCCUCCCUGUACCCAGUCCAAGCUUGUGACUCCAAUCCCCUGGAAGGGUUAAGUCAGUUCUCACCCUGACCUUUCUUUUUCCCAAUGAGAGGCACAUUCUGGAAGUUAAAUUUGUCUUGAAGAUAACUCGAUCCGGCCAGUGGCCAGCUCAAGUAUCAGACAGCUGCUGUGAGCCUGGAGGCCCAGAGAGAGAGAGGGAGGAAGCGGCAGGGGACACGUAGGGUGUUCCUUGCUGGCUGUGAGUGACAGCCCCGGGUGGUGUGUGCUUUCAGAGGGCAACAGCUGCGUGAAGCAUGAGAGGCCCAUAAAAUCACAGUAAAUCUACUCCUGUGUAACCCAAGAGGUGAACAGUCACACCUCCCUGCCCUGAAACAUCAUGGGUGUCUGCUCUGGGCAGAUGGCACCUUUACGGGCUCAGGACAUAUAGGAGAGGGCACAAUGUCUACCAAAAACUCUCUAAUCUCAAACAUGGUCUCAGGUAUUUGGAAAGAGUAAAAUCCCAUUUCACACCGUACUUCCUGCAGUCCUUGCUUGUAAUUAUAAAGGUCACCAGUGUCCUGACACAUAGAUACAAAUACUUUAUAUCCCCUUACAGAUAGCAGGACUUCAACAGCUUUUACAAGCUACGAGAGUGAGGGUAUACAGAUUACGUAUGAUUUCUUGUAUCGAUUUUUUCUAUAUUGUGCGUGCAGCCCCAAGGAGGGCGAACCAUGUGUACCAGGCUAUGUAUAAACUGAUAGCAAUAGCAUUAUGGCUUUUGCCAGUUUAAAGAGCAGCUCCAAUCACCCUAUGUGCUGAUUGGAACUGCAGGUGGAACUCCUGCUGAAAAAGGGGUUUACAGGAUAAGACCAGUUUAUAUAAAGCAGAAUGAAAUGCUCCGGAUUGGAGGUCUCAUUCUCGCUUUGCUGUGGAGCUGCAGACCGACCUACUGCACUGUGCGUCUCGUGGAUCUUUCAAUGUAAACCUUUUUUACUCAAUUUUGUUCACUUUUGCAUUCUAUGAAAAAUGUGUUAAAAUAAUAUUGGGUCGUUUUUGACCCAGACAAUUCCCCUUACGGUAUUGGGUAUGGUCUUUGGGACUAACCAAUUUAGGGAUUUACCAUUAUUUGCAAAGCUAGGUCCUGAAUGAAGGCCGAGGUUCCCAUCAUAACAAAAAGCCAUAGGAGAAGGCGUUGAAAGGCCUAACCCAUGGCCUCUUCACUUGCUGUACAUAGUGAAAGUAGAAAAUCACAGUAUUUGGAUUGCAACCAAUUUGGACAAGUACAGAUAUGUAACUCUCCUCUUUGUCCCGCAGGUCCUUGCCUGGUUUGAAGAGGGUGAAGAGACCGUCACAGCUUUUGUGGAGCCUUUUGUCAUCCUCCUUAUCCUUAUCGCUAACGCAGUUGUGGGUGUCUGGCAGGUAUGAAAACAGGGUGUUUCGGCCAUUUUUAGAAUGAUUGCGGUACCAGUUGACUGCUCAGAGGUAAUUUUGCCUCACUGGUCAAUGGCAAGACAUAUGAACCAACAGUUCUAGUGAUAGAUUUUGGAGAUAAUCGUGAGAUAGGGAAAUAGACGUAUUUUCAGGGUUAUCCACUAAAAUGAGAAUUCAACGUGAAUUGCAAAUGUCAGUUCAAAAUAACCAAAUUGAAAAAAAUGAUCUAAGUUAGCUAUGCUUACUCUGGCCUUAAAUUUAAAAUUCACUUUGAAUUCUCACUUUAGUAAAUAUCCUGUUUAUCUACGGUCAAGGUCACAGUUGGGAGACUUGGGGUAACUGCUCACAAACUGAAUAGUAUAAGCUGAGUAGAUCUAUGACUGUGAGGUACAGGGUCAAAGUUUACUCAAUGAUGAGUUCGCGGCAAAAUUCAUUUUAAAUUGCCGACAAUGCACGCUUUAGGGAAUAUGCCUGUAAGAAUUAUAGGACCUGAAUUAGGACACAUCAUAGAUAGUGAUGUCCCGAACUGUUCGCCUAACAGUUCGCCACGAACGGUUCGCCGCAGAGUCAUCAUUGAGUAAACUUUGACCCUGUACCUCACAGUCAGCAGACACAUUCCAGCCAAUCAGCAGCAGACCCUCCCUCCCAGACUCUCCCACCUCCUGGACAGCUCACUAAGAAUGCAGCUUCACAACGGAUGCUGUCCAGGAGGUGGAAGGGUCUGGGAGGGAGGGUCUGCUGCUGAUUGGCUGGAAUGUGUCUGCUGACUGUGAGGUACAGGGUCAAAGUUUACUCAAUGAUGAGUCCGUGGCGAACCGUUCGGCGAACAGUUCGGGACAUCACUAUCUAUGAUGUGUCCUAAUUCAGGUCCUAUAAUUCUUACAGGCAUAUUCCCUAAAGCGUGCAUUGUCGGCAAUUUAAACUGAAUUUAAAAUUUUAGACAAAAAUGGAGGAAACAUUCUCCAAGUCAGCUCUGAUUUGAGAUUGUCCACAAUUUCAUGAAUACGCCCGUCAGUAAACUCUUUAGUAAAUCUCUCCCAGGAUAACACAGAGGUAGAGUGAAGAAGGGUAAAAGAUCUUCUCAACAAAAGGGGUGGUAAGACCAGGAGGCCAGAACAGAACAUGGCAUAGAUUAAGGCAUCCUGUUCACAAAAGACUUCCAGUUCAAAGAACGGACUGAAACAGCACUUAAAUAAAACAGUCACUUCUUCGUGAAGGGUUAAUGUUGCUAAAUUCUACAAGUGUGAUAUAUUUUCUAAACAGCCAAACAGCCUUUUCUACAGUGAUAAAUCAAUAUGCAGCUUUUCAUAAUGUGAAAUAAUAUAUUUAAUAAAAAUAAUUAUUCCGUGGGGUUUAUUCAGUAAACAGCAAAUUGGAGUGAAUUGGCAAAUUUGUUGCAAACGUUGGGCCAAGUUUUAACUACAGAGUUGAAGAAUUCAUUCAAAUCAGCACUUUUGCCAACAUGUUUAAAUUCGGUUUUCAAUUCACUACAAUUGGGUGUUUAGUUAAUAAAUCCCCUUUGUGUUGUUUGUGAAAUUGGUUCAUAGCUGAGGAGCCAAGGGCAAUGUCAGAAAAGGCAUAGGACAGUGUUACACAUGGCCUGAUGCAGUGUCACAAGGGGUCUAAUCUAGACCAGUGUCACAUAGAGGCCAGGACAUCACGCAGGACCUAACGUAGUAUCACAAAAGGCUAUGGGGCAGUGACACAUAGAGUCGAGUGCAAAGUUGCAUUGGGCCAGGAGUUCGUAUAACCAGUUGUUAAAUAUGAAAAUUGCCAAUUUUACUGAAAACCCUUCUCUCUAUAUUCCAGGAAAGAAAUGCAGAAGAUGCCAUUGAAGCCCUUAAGGAGUAUGAGCCUGAAAUAGCCAAAGUUUACCGUAGUGACAGAAAAUCUGUACAAAGGAUCAAGGCCCGAGAGAUGGUCCCGGGAGACAUUGUAGAGGUGGCAGGUGAGCUACUAGCCCUUUGUGGCAAUCUGGUUGUCCUAUGUGCAGGGCUAGAAGCAAUGAGUGGUAUGCCAACCUUGUGUGUCACGCUGGUAUCUGGAGAAAGAGGUAUAGGUGCAGAACUGGUAGCCACGAGGGCUGAGCUGGUAGUCUUGCAUAGCAGGCUGGUAUAGCUGUGCGUGCCAAGCACGUAACCCUGUGUGACAAGCUGUUAGUCUUGUGUACCAGGCUAGCAUUCCUGUGUGUGCCAAGCUGGUCGCCUGUAUUUGAGUAUAACUCAGCUUUCGAUGCCAUCCUUUACUUUGUUAUAUUGAAUGUCUUACUUAAUCUACCAAAUAACAUGUGAAGAAUAUUCACAAAUUGCUCACAAAAUGCUUUUGUCCUAAUCUGGUGAUCUAUGUGCUAGCAACCCCCAUAUUAUGACCUGAUAUCUCAAGAACUCCUUUAAUUUGAUAGAAAACCUAAACAGUGCUCCGUCACAAAAGGAUGUCUGUUCAUUAAACAGGGCUGUGGUGUAAGUUGGAGCUGGGAUAACAACGCUGAAGGAGUAAAUAUAACUUGGAGUGUCUUCCUCACAGAUCAUAAACUUUGUUUCCUUUGUAACCUCAGCAAAAGCACACUCUAAAGGAAUUAUUUUGACAGCAAUUCUUUUCUGAAUAAGGUGGGCAGACUUUCUCAGUAGAUAUAGUGAGCGCUAUAAACUAAUAUUAUUAAUAUUUUAUUAUUGGAAAAUUAGUUAAUUAGACACAAAGUGCAAGUUUUAAUUUGGAAUCUAUCUAUAAAUAUGGCAAAGCAUUAUAGGACGCCUUUUUUGAUAACUAUUAUCUCAAAGUAUCCUCUACAAUUUAAACUAAAAUGUGUCAGAAGGGGUGAGGGAUUUAUCAAAGUGAUCUGGAAGGCGCCCUUUAUUUUUGUUUUCUUAUCAGUUUGAAUUUAUUAAAUUGUUUUAAAAUAGUCUAAAGAGUGUCUGUUAUCCUCUGUCUAAAUGUUGCAGGUUUUUGUUUCACAGAAAAAUGGCAGAAAAAAAAGGCAGAUAAAUUGACAAAAUGAUUGAUAAAUCUCUGUGCUGCUCAUAACAAAAAAAAUUAUAUAUAAAAGUAUAUUGAUAUGCAAACACCACAAAUCGCACAUAGAAAGUACAUAAGGUGGUCUGACAUUUUGCUUAGCUCUUUCUGUACCGGUCUUUUCCCUCUAGUUGGUGACAAAGUACCAGCUGACAUCCGUCUCAUCAGCAUUAAAUCCACCACUCUGCGUAUUGACCAGUCCAUUCUUACCGGUAAGGAGAUCUUCUGAUAAAUGGACCAUUUAUGGUCAAUAAUUUUUUCCUUUUUUAUGUGUUCUUUGAAGUCUGACUACGAAUCAUGUGUUUCUCCUGCAGGAGAGUCUGUCUCUGUCAUUAAACACACAGAUGUUGUCCCCGACCCCAGAGCUGUCAACCAGGACAAGAAAAACAUGCUUUUCUCUGUAAGUGACCUAUACACAGCUACUUGUCCAUCUCAUCACCAUUGUAAGCGCCGUCAUUCCGGAACUAAUGGAUAUCUCCCUUCUAAUCUAGAAAAGUUUUAUUUUAGAUCCAUUUUAACACUGCUAAUUGCUAAGUAACUAAAAAAAACUUCAAUUUUUUUUCAUAAAUAAAUUAUUCAUUUUGAAUGUAUAUUAUUUUAAAGAUUAUGGAAUAGAUGGUCCUGACUUUUCAUGGGAGUUGAAAUUGAGUGUUCUCUUCAAGUAGCUACCAGGAGACAUGGCCACUUGAGCAAACACUUUCUUAUCACUAAAUUACAAACAUUGCAGAAAACUCUAUACAAUUUUCCAUUACAGCUGGCAAAUAUAUAAUUUAUCCAAUAUUACAAUAUUUAGCUGAAAUAAUUCUGUUUAACCAAUAAUAUAUAUAUAUUAUUUGUAAAAAAAAAAUCACAAAAUUAAAAUAAAAUUACAAAAACUUUCCCUUUUUUCUACAGAUUUAUUUUCACUAAAUAUGUGAUUUAUUAGGCUCCCUUGCAAUCCUUAAUUCCCCCCCCCCCUUUUUUUCUAACUCUAUAUCUCCAUUUCUUUCUGUGUUCAGGGUACCAACAUAGGAGCUGGCAAGGCCAUUGGUGUCGUCAUCGCCACUGGACCUAACACUGAGAUUGGUAAAAUCCGUGAUGAGAUGGCCGCCACUGAACAGGAGAAGACCCCUCUGCAGCAGAAACUGGACGAGUUUGGAGAGCAGCUGUCCAAGGUUAUUUCUCUUAUCUGUGUCGCUGUCUGGGCAAUCAACAUUGGACACUUUAACGACCCCAUCCAUGGUGGAUCCUGGAUCAAAGGAGCUGUUUACUACUUCAAAAUUGCCGUUGCCUUGGCUGUAGCUGCUAUUCCAGAGGGUAUGUCUAUUAAGCCUCAAUACUUUGGCAUCUAGAUCAGAGUUGGAGGUACCUUAGAAAUGACUAGGGGUUUUGUUUUCCGUUAACUCCUUGAGUAAUGGAAGAGAAGGUGCAUACAUUUCCAACCUUAGAAAAUCCUCUUGAAUGUGAUUCAAUCCAACCUGGUCCCUAUUGUUUAACUUAGCGUUAAAGUCUUACUGUGUUAUGGCCAAAACUAAAUGUUAUCUAACUUCCAUACAAAGGUCUGCCUGCUGUAAUCACCACUUGCCUUGCUUUGGGUACAAGACGUAUGGCCAAGAAGAAUGCCAUUGUGAGGAGCUUGCCCUCUGUUGAGACCCUAGGUUGCACAUCUGUCAUCUGCUCUGACAAGACUGGAACCCUGACAACCAACCAGAUGUCAGUCUGCAGGGUAAGAAUGUCAUGAUUACUGAAAUUAAAUUCCUAGCUUUUGAAAAAAUAUACCAAAAACUCACACACACCUACUGCCUUAAAAUUAUAUAGCCCCUAUACAAAACAAUGGGCAGUUCAUUUUCUCACCAAUUCCGCACUUUGCUCUUCUACAGAUGUUCGUUAUGGAUAAAGUUGAGGGAGAUGUCUGCUCUCUGAAUGAAUUCACCAUCACAGGAUCUACCUACGCCCCCGAAGGAGAAGUGUAAGUCCACAUUUGAUAUUGUCUUGUCCUGGACACAGUUCCCAGUAUUGAAACACAAAUUCCUCACUACCUGCUCACUUGGAUCACCACAGAAUAGGCAAAGUCUUCAUAGCAUCCCAUUCAUACUCUGAUGAAAAGGUUAAUAGGCCACCAGCUCUUUCUGAUGCCUCACCUCCACAUGCCAUGAUUCCAUCCCAGUUUGUGCUGUAAAACCUCCUAAUUUCAUCUGUUUUCUCAAUGAAUCAUUACACUGAGUCUUUAUUUUCUCUCCUCCCCAUACCCUGCCACACCGUUUCCUUUGUCUGAUUUUGUUUCUAUCAUCACCCUUGUUGUCUUGUCAAAUCUCUUUUCUUCUUAAAUUUGUAUCCUUCCUUGUUCUUUCAACCCAUGAUGCUUCAUAUCUUUUCCUAUCCUAAUUCUCCUCCUAUGUCACCUGCCCUCUCUUCUGACAUCUGCUCCCCAUCAUCUUUUCUUUCUUUUUGAUCCUUUUCUGUUUUUCCCUGGUGCUCUCACUCCCUUUCUGUGGUGCUCCUCUCAGUUUGAAGAAUGAUAAACCUGUCAAGACUGGCCAAUACGAUGGGCUGGUGGAAUUGGCCACAAUCUGUGCACUUUGCAAUGACUCUUCCCUCGACUUUAAUGAGGUAAAAAGCUGUGGUGACUAAUAUUUCCAUCCUCUUCACAUUAAUCCUGUUUUGAACAUUCCACUAACCCUUGCUUGGCUGCAUGUGCUAAAUAAUGUGAAAUGUAUUUUACUUUUGAGGUGUAAAACAAGAUGCCAUGUCAGCAGAUUGCCUUUGUGUCACUGACUACCUUUUCCUGACAUGGCUCAUCAAGGUCCAAAGUCUAUUUGACUUAUUCUUAUAAUAUUUCAACCAUACAGUGCAUUUAAAUUAUCUUGUCCAACGGAACUGUUAGAUGGUGAGCUAGAAAUAUAAAAGCGAAGCUCACAACCUACAGCAAAUUCUGAUCACCUUUGGCUAGUUGACGGAAACUUCAGAUAGAACCCAAAAACUAUAAUUUGAGGUGGAAAUUCUACAAUAAAAUAUAAAGAGACAAACUAGAAAAGUUUAAAAUAGGGGAUAUGUGUGCAUUAAUACUCCAAUAAUGCCCUGAUUUUACAGGCUACUGAUAUUUGAUAGGAGGCACCUUUUAUGAGAAUAUUUGUUGGGGAAAAAAUAUGUUACAAGUGGUCCUUGGUUAAUAAAAAGUUUGAGAAGCGCAGUUGGGUCUGUUGUCUUACUGUUAUAAAUCAACAAGCAAUGGACAUAUUUGACAAUUUCUCUCCCACGUUUUAGUCUGAAAAUGUAUUUGUUCAAGUUAGAGGUUAUGCAUUCAUAUUGAAGGAAUAAUAUAUUUAAUUUUAUUUUGGUGGGUGGGGAGUUUAGACUUAGAUGCCAUUAAUACCAUUUUAGACGCCCCGGUGUUCAGAUUUUUUUCAGAACUAUAGCCCACUCCAGAUAUCUAACUCUGAUGCAGUUUAAUUCAAGUAUAUAUUUUAAAGGGACAUUAUAGUCACCAGAACCACUGCAGCUUAAUGUCCCUGCAGGCUUUUCAAUGUAAACACAGCCUUUAUAGAGUAUGGCAGUGUUUAUAUUGCUGCCUAGUGACAGUCACUCAGACGGUGCUACUCCAGUACUGCACAGUGUGCAGCAAUAGCGUUCAGUGUUUCCACACUCUGCAUUGAGACGCUGAGCGUCCCCUGUACAUAUGCAUUGCUUCUCUGAAAUUGUUGAUUGCCGCUGCAAGGCAUUUUGCCUCACAAGCACAAUAACCUUUACAAUACUUUCCUACGAGAAAGCUCUGGAGUGGCUGAGAUCCUCAAGAUUAACUUGGCCAUUGCGGCGUGGGAUCGGAUGGGGGAGGUCACUUCAGGACUAUAGUGUCAGGAAUACAUGUUUUUAUUCUUGACACACCAUAGUGUUCCUUUAACUUUUUUCUCUUCAGAAGGUUGGGCAAAAACAACUACCUGCUUUUCAUGCUGAACUUUGAUUAAAGCACAUAAAGAAUGAUAAAGAGAAUAAAAGAUGUAUAUAUAGUUUACACUGUGUGGUUAUUAAGCAUGAAGGCCAACUCAUGAUGCUCGCUAAUGUUCACCUAUAACAAUUCUUUGUGCUCAGACAGCGCUAAUUGCCACCGAUUGGCAGCUGAUUUUGUGAAAAGAUAUUACUCCUGUAAAGAUGUCAACUAUUACUGUAUUUAUAUAUCUACAUAUGUAUUUUUUCACCAGUCCAAAGGAGUGUUUGAGAAGGUCGGAGAGGCUACAGAGACUGCAUUGACCACUCUUGUUGAGAAGAUGAAUGUAUUUAACACCGAAGUUAGAAGCUUGUCCAAAGUAGAGCGUGCCAACGCUUGCAACUCUGUAAGUACCACGUUUUAUAGUAAAUGAUGACUGAUAUUAAUGUUGAUUCCCAACAUCCCAGCCCAUUGGAACCUAUACACCUCCUCCUGAGUUAUAUUUCAAGCCCAACAAAUCCCGAUGUUCCCUUUGCAGUGUACCCAUUACAUUCGAUCCUGACCACAUGGCUGCUACUGCCGUGAACACAUAACCUUCUCAUUCCCAGAAUAUUGCCCAUCUAGUGACAUCUAAUCCCUGCUGCCUUCCAGCUACCGUUAUAGAAAUCUAAUUAUGUAACCAGCCGCCUGCAGUGCUAUCAAGAACCUUACAACGCCACGCACCUGGCUUCUACAUGUCAUCUACAAGAAACUUAACUCCCUUACAGCUAUCUACCCCUUAAUGAUCCCAUGCAUAACAUACUCUCCAGAACACCUGCCAUGCUUGUAUUAUAAACUGGUAGUUACUCCGUGUUACCAGCUGUGCUCUAUGUCAGCCAGAAUUAGGCAUUUAAAAGGCUUCAUUGUCCAUUCUGAAUCUGUAUAUAUAUAUAUAUGUAUAUAUAUAUAUAUAUAUUAAAAAAUUCCUGUAUUUGAAAUGAAAAAUAUGGACCCUGGCAAUAUUUUCUUGCCGGUAAAUUUCCUCUUUCUUUGGUAAGACACAUAGUCAGACCAGAUCCACAGGCUCAAAAACUUUCUAUUUGAUCUUAAAUAGAAGUGUGAACAACAGGGAGAUUCCAGCCUCAGAAUAUCUUGCCAGAGGGUGGCCCCGGUGACACUAUAUAUAAUCGGAUGAUUACAUAAGAUAACAAAAUGGAUACAUUUCAUUAAAUAUACAUUUUUGCUAAUUCAAACUAAUUUAUUGCUAAACACUCAAAUUUCUAAAUGUGAGCUACUCCUGAAAUAGAAUAAAAAUGAAUUAGAUAAUCUAAUUAAUGUAACCGCAAAACCUCCUAUAGAAAGCAAAGUAAAGUUCGAAACAUGCAACACAUCCCUUAGUCCAUUUAUAAGAAAAAUACUUGUUUUACUUUGUGUAGAUUGGCUAAGCUUUUGGUCAUAUUAUUAUUAUUCAUGUAGGGGGAUCAGAAAGCUGCACCUACCCUACACAUUCAAUACGUUGUACCCCAAAUGCAUUGCUUUACCUAGUUAUCUGUCUGACAAGCUCAGAGCAAUAUGGCAGGUGCUACCAUAUUAGCAUUCUAUGCUCCUCAUAACCCACCGUAUUUGGAAUCCCACAGGUUAUCAAGCAACUGAUGAAGAAGGAGUUUACUCUUGAGUUCUCCCGUGACAGGAAGUCCAUGUCUGUAUUCUGCACCCCAGCUAAAGCUUCCCGUGCAGCAGUUGGCAACAAAAUGUUUGUGAAGGUGAGAUUCAAGAUUUGAGCACUCCAAAAUGUGAAGCUCUCUGACUAAUUUAAGAGUGAAAAAAUAUGAUAAAAUGAUUGUCAAGUAGACUUAUAAUUCAUAUAUUUGCUGCCUUCCAUCCACAGGGUGCCCCCGAGGGUGUCAUUGACCGUUGUAACUACGUUCGUGUUGGAACAACUCGUGUCCCUUUCACUGCUGCCAUUAAGGAGAAAAUUCUGGCUAUAAUCAAGGAAUGGGGUACAGGCAGGGAUACCCUCCGUUGUCUUGCUCUGGCUACAAGGGACACUCCACCAAAGAGAGAAGACAUGAUUCUUGAAGAUUCCACCAAGUUUGUCGACUAUGAGGUAAGGAGGAAACCUCAAAUGUCCCUAGUGUUCAAAUAUCAGAGGACAAAAGGAUCUUCUGCAAGCUUUUUAGUGUGUUUAUCAAGAUUUCUUUUGAGACUAGUGUCACCCUAUUUGACCUUCAGUGGCAAUGCUCUUUAUGCCCAGUCCUAUUCCUACUAUAUACUAACCACUAUCAUGAAAAAGAGGUCAUUAUUCAUAAGACAUGUUACAGUUAGUAUAGUUUAGAAAUUGCACUUUCUCCUUAAGGUGAUUUUGGUACUCUUCACCUAGAAAUCGCUAUUCCUUUCAUCACAGAAGUAUAAGUCUACAUAAAGUCAAUGUUAAUGGGCAACAAAACAUCUCUUAAUUUCUUAACCUAUUGGCCUACAGACAGACCUGACCUUUGUUGGCUGCGUGGGAAUGUUGGAUCCCCCCCGUAAGGAGGUUAUGGGCUCAAUCAAACUCUGCCGAGAAGCUGGUAUUCGUGUCAUUAUGAUCACUGGUGACAACAAGGGAACUGCUAUUGCCAUCUGCCGUCGUAUUGGCAUCUUUGGUGAGGAUGAUGAAGUAACUGGACGUGCCUACACUGGACGUGAGUUUGAUGACCUGCCACCUGCAGAACAGAGAGAGGCCUGUAAACGUGCUUCCUGCUUCGCCAGAGUUGAGCCAUCUCACAAGUCCAAAAUUGUAGAGUUCUUGCAGUCCUUCGAUGAAAUCACAGCUAUGGUAAGUUCUACAAAGGGACAUAGCAGUCCACGUAACACAGUAUUUCUGCCAUUCAGCCAAUCAAUGUGAUAUUAUUAGGUGUCUCUACAACACAUUGUGUAUUUCUAUCCUGUCUCAGACGGGUGAUGGUGUGAAUGAUGCUCCCGCCCUGAAGAAAGCUGAGAUUGGUAUUGCUAUGGGUUCUGGUACAGCUGUAGCCAAGACAGCCUCAGAGAUGGUCUUGGCUGAUGAUAACUUCUCCACAAUUGUGUCUGCUGUAGAAGAGGGUCGUGCCAUUUACAACAAUAUGAAGCAAUUUAUCCGCUACCUCAUCUCCUCCAAUGUAGGAGAGGUUGUUUGGUGAGUGUCAUGUCUAUGAAUUAAAUUACUUAUUACUGGAAACAUGUUGAUAUGCUGACAUGAUCUGGCAUACUCUUUGCCAACUCCAUUAAUUAAUGAAUUAAUUAAUUGUGUUAAAUUUGUAAUGACAUAUUCACAGAGAUUUCCUAAAGAUAUUUCAAGUUCUCUAUUAAGCCCUGUCUAUGUCCCUCUCUUUCCUGGUACACAGUAUCUUCCUGACUGCUGCUCUUGGUCUGCCUGAAGCUCUGAUCCCCGUACAACUGCUCUGGGUCAACCUGGUCACAGAUGGUCUGCCAGCCACAGCCCUGGGUUUCAACCCCCCUGAUCUGGACAUCAUGGACAGACCACCCCGUAGCCCCAAGGAACCCCUUAUUAGUGGAUGGCUCUUUUUCCGUUACAUGGCCAUUGGAGGUGAGGGAGAACACAAAACACAGUAGGAUCCCCAAUUUCCUCAGGCACCUUACUCUGAAAAUUCCAGUCCAUAGAGACAAUAUCACUUAGUAACCUUGUCUCUCUCUUGUCUUUUGCAGGUUAUGUUGGUGCUGCCACUGUUGGAGCUGCUGCUUGGUGGUUUAUGUAUGCUGAAGAUGGUCCUGGAGUUACUUUCUACCAGCUGGUGAGAUAUUUUCUUCUUCUGUUCUCCCGAUAUCAGUUUACUAUCUCAUUUUCUGGUGUCGCUCAAAUAUUGCUCAACAAAUUACAUUGGAUACAGUCUCAUUAUAUGUUUACGUUGGUUCUACAUCUUUCUCUAUCAUCUGUUGUACUUACUCCACAUAUUAUCCCGUAAUUACAUUUUUUUUCUCUUUCUGAGGCUGCACUCUAUGUCUUUUUGUUUUCGUAUCUGAGUUUUAGGUCUCUAACACUUCAUCUAUUAUGCAUCUCCAUUAACCAUUUUUUAAAAAUUUUUUAUACUUUUCAACAUCGAUCGUAUUCCUUGUUAAUGCCAAAUGGAGUUUCUAUCCAAUUUUGCUCUUUUUUCCUUUCUCCCAAUUAAUUUUACAUCAACAUUGGAGAAUGAUCACAGGAAUCUUUAUCAACAUAUAUUAUUAUAUCACUUCCCUCAAUUAAUAGAAGUCUCCAAUUUCUCUUCUAGAAAGGAACGCUCCUGACACUUAUGAAUAUAUUUUUCUUAAUCUCUAGCUAGUAAUGUACCACCCAGUAUGACAACAAGUCUCUGUAUAUGAACAAAACUAUUUUAAAUUCUCUUCCUUUAGUGUUCAUUAUUGUCUUCUCUCUUUCGCUCUAUAAAUGGAAUAUAGAAAAUUGAGUUACUGUGUCAUUAUACAUAUAUUUUAAAUCCCAUUUUUUACAUUACCAACAUUUUUUUUUAGUGACUGGCCUGUUUCCUGUGAUUUUUUAUUUCAUUUUUAAUGCUCUAUCAUUCCAUGAAUGAAUCACGUUCUUCUAAACUGAUAUGGGCAAGCUGCGUUGAUCCUCAGGGGUAGUCAUCAUGGAUCUCCAACGGGUAGAAGUCUACAGGUGGACCUUACCUGCUUUAUGACAGUAUUUUAUUCCAGCAGUAAAAUCUCUCUCACUUUUUCCAAAACUGUCGAACAUUCCUUCCUUUCCUUCAAUGCAACUCAAACCUCUCUUUUUAUGGGUGCAAUAUACCUAUUAUUUUAAUCUCCUAUACUCUUUCUCAUUUUCAGAGCCACUUCAUGCAAUGCGUAGAAGAAAGCCCAGAAUUUGAGGGUUUAGAAUGUGAAAUCUUUGAAUCACCCGUACCUAUGACCAUGGCUCUGUCUGUGCUAGUAACCAUUGAGAUGUGCAAUGCUCUUAACAGGUAAGGAAAUUCUUCUUAGUUGUUUCUGUAGUAAACUAACUUCAAUCUUGAUUGAACUAUAGAUAUCUUAAAGAAAAAUAAAUAGAGUUGUAGAUCAAUUCUCAAUCUAUACUCCCCUAAAAAUUAGAACCUUUAGAAAAAUGCAGGGAGCUUUAUAAGUAUUAAGCUUGUUGACAUUUAGAUUAAGUUAGGCAUAAAGAAUAGGUCCGGAGCACACUGCUAAAAUCGGAGUAUUCAACAUAAUCAUUCCAUUUCUUCCAUGGCAAUUGUUUCACUUUUAGAGCUUUCUUUAGAUAUAUAAAACAAUAUAACUAACCCCCAAAUGAAGUAAUUUAAUGUCUGCACAUUUGGAAUGAUAUUAAUAAACUAUAUGUAUUUUUUACACAAUUUCUGUUGCAGCAUGCAUACUUAUUUUUUUACACAAUUAUGUGAUAGGGAGUUCUGACAACCUUCGUCCUUUUCUUGCAGUCUAUCAGAAAACCAGUCUCUGAUCAGGAUGCCCCCAUGGGUGAACAUUUGGCUGUUGGGCUCCAUCUGCCUCUCCAUGUCCCUCCACUUCCUUAUCCUCUAUGUAGACCCCCUGCCUGUGAGUACAAACCCUAGUUGUCUUUAUAUAAUGUAAUACAGCACCAUUCUUUUGUACACAGAUAGGCAUCUGUACGAAACCAAUGCUGAAUGCCAUUAGGGGGUAUGUAAACUGUUUAGGUUUAGAGAGAUAACACAUGGCUAUCUGAAAUUGGAAGUGUGAUCAGGUAAAAAUAAUUAAUGUAAGCCACUUUAAAGAACAUUCUGCAAAUCAUUUUAUUUCAUGAGAGUCCCAAACAGAAGAGUUUCACCUGUAAUUGAUGUGUUAUAACCUCAAAGCAUUUUAGACAAGGACUAGAGCUGGCAUCGUUGUGCUUUGUUCCCCACCUCAUAUCAUUCCUUUGUUUUCACCAGAUGAUCUUCAAAUUAACUCCCCUGGACUUUACUAAAUGGUUCGUUGUCCUCAAGAUUUCCUUCCCUGUAAUCCUAUUGGACGAACUGUUGAAAUUCUUUGCCCGUAACUACCUGGAUGGUAAGUACAACCUCUCUCUGCUACCAGUAUCCACUAAAUGUAGUGGUUUUAGCAUUAUUUAAAUAUAGAAAAUUAGAAAUCAGCCUCCCUACAACAUUACUACAGGAAAGAGAUGGCCUUACUUAGGAUUUAUGGUCGCAAAAGUAAUACUUCUCCUAUUUAACUCAAUGUCACAUCACUCCCCCAUCCUCCAUUCCUCACUCUCUCACUUACUGUAAUAAAUAAAUGUAAUAAAUUCACUGUAACAAUCAUUGUCUCCCAGAACUUAACCCAGACUGUAAUAUUAAACAGUGAAAGUGAAUAAUAUUCUGUUUUAGAUUUAUAAUAUUUAAAAAUAUAAAUUUAUGAAAGAACAUCAGUUCUGUACUAGUUUUUAUAAAAUAUUUUAGUGGUGGGGAAUCAUAUAUAGAUUUUUUUUUUCUUUUUUAGAUGAAUCAUAUAUAGAAAUGUAUUUCCCCUUAUUCGAUAAUCCGUAAAUUAAGGCCCCAUCUUAUCAGGUUCAUAUACCAGCAUCUUAUUGUCUUCUAUGACAAGCUAGUGAAGUGUAAAUCAGGCUGUCCUGGGAUUGGAAAGGUAAGAUAAGGAUUUUAUAAUCAGGCCCACGGUGUAGCAGAGUAAUCGCUAGGUUUAAGAGAAUCUACAAAGCAAACUACUGCAAGUAAUUAAGGAAUGCUGGGUACAUAAAACAAAAAUAUAUAGAAUUUUACUAAAUUAUUUCUACAAAAAAAUACAAUUAUAAUUCAUUCUGUCAUCAUGCCCAGUAACAGAGAAGCUUAUUUUAUUUAAAUUUGACUUUAAGCUUUUCAGCUAUUGCAGUCCGUUACUGUAUAGAAAUAUGUAGAAAUCUACAAUGCUCCUGUAGUAUAGAGGAAACCAUUCACUGUUUGAUAUCUCAGUCUGAAUAAGUUAUAUUAAUUUCUUAUAUUUUUGUUUAACUAUUGAACUAAUUUUUUUAUCCUUUCCAUAGCAUAAUUUUCUCUCCACAUCCCUGUUCCUGUUUAACAGGUAUCCCAUAACAUUUUCACGCGUGAACUGCACUUCCUGUCUCCAUGUUGUCUUACCUGUACUUCCUGUCUCCACGUUGUCUUGCCUGUACUUCCUGUCUCCAAGUUGUCUUGCCUGUACUUCCUGUCUGUGUCUAUUGCACUUCCUUUCUGUGAUCUCCAUAUGCUCAUUCAUUUCCACAAUCCCUUCCUUUUUAGAUUUCCGUUUUUAUUUUUUGUGGCUAAAAGACAACAUAUCAUUUUUCAUAUCAUUGUUCUUUUUUUUUUUUAUUAAAUGGAAAUCUGGAAAAAAAUAAUCUUGCUUUUCAUCAUAACCUCGCAUUCCUUCAUUGAAUCUCUAUGACCCUGUAUUAAUUUAAUACUGUAACCCAGUUUUUGUCCAUUGUGACUCCAUAUACCCUAUUCCUGUGCACUACCCGAGUCAUUAAUCUUCACACUUUGUCUUCCUCUCCAUGUCUGUCCUUAAAUCACCACCCUGGCCACAAAUUAGUCAAUUUCUCUGACCCUCCUUCCGGAGCAUAUUUAAGAUCUUUCUUGUUCUACAAUACACCCGGCAGAGCUGCAUAGAGUGUAUUUGGCAGUGUGACGUCCAUUUUAUAGUUCUGUGUGUCCGUGGCUCAGAGUGAUAUGUCUUAGCCAUCAUAUGUUGCAGAGAAUGCAACAUAUGUAUGUAUCUGCAUUCUGCAAAGGCGUCUGCUUCCGUCAAUGAUUUAUUUAUGUAGUAAAUCUAUUUUUUUUGUGACUAUAUAGCUGCUAUAAAUAAAGUUGUGCAUGUUUAAAUGUUUAUUUAUAAUAUAGAAACCCUGUAUGUAGAUGGGAACCAAUUAUUUGGACAAUGUGAUAUAAGUUUCUAUAGAAAGGGCAGUGAAUGCUCAAAAGUGUAAUAUGUUUUAAAAGGGCAAAAUUAUAUCCAAAGGAUUGUACUUUCCAAAUAGCUAACAUCUGUAUAGAUUUACAUAUACCUUUAAUUUGGAGUAUUGCUAAUGAGUAAAACCUGCAGAUAGCUAGGAUUAAUGUAGAAGAAAUAUCAAUUUCUUUAACCGCUCUGGCAAGUAUAUGCUCAGUAUCUCAUGGAUUUGGUGGCAAUAUACAUUGGUGUCAUGUAUUGAGUAUAGUACGAUUGCUUUAAAUUUUGCUUUGAAUGAUGGGAAACUUGGCGGUAAGUCAGAAGGAUACAGAACAGCUUAAGUAUUAUUGCAAUACAGGUGAGCGAUGUUGAUACAAGUUGUGUUUUAUUUUCACGAGUUACAGGAAUGCUCCACACACAUAAAUCACUUAGCCUUGUCUGGACCCCUUUUUUUAAGAGCUGUAUUACAGCCGCAUGAAAGUCUGGCCUGGGUUAGAAGGGGAGGGCUUACACAGAUUGCAGACAAGAGAUCUGCAGCUUCUCCAAGCUGUAUUAGAUAUAUCUUUGGGGGUAUAGCUACUAAAAUACAUUUCUAGUGGAGUGUUCCUUUAAUGCAACACAACAUCACUUUGUUGCAGAAUUUUUUCUUUAGAAACUUGACUUUAGCAAAGAAUGUUUUGUUUUUAUUUUUUAAAUUCUGACCAUGUCCUUUGAAACUUUCUCAUUCACUCACCACAAUAAAUGCUACUAAAGCAUUUGCUGGGGUGAGUAGGUAAGUAUGCCACACACUUUAAUGGUAGUUGUGCAUCUAGAGGAACACCAUCGCCCCAUGAUGCUUUGAGCGCUGUCAUGCAUGCCUAAAUAUCUACCGGGUAAUACCAUACAAGUGCAAGCAGGAGUUUUUUUCAAAGUACUGUAUGCGCAUGUCUCUGUGGGGUUAGUUUGACAUUGUAUGCUCCGUCUGUGCCAGGACAGCCAUGCAUUCUGUUUACAUUGCAAAAUAUAAUCAAAAAUUAUUUAGUUUAGAGAAAAGAGGCCGGAGGUCUUUGGCGUGAUCAGAAAAAUUAAUAUAUUUGCAAUUAUUCCUUGCUUUUUUUAUGUCAUAUUUUGUGUUCCAUUUUCUUCACAAUAACAUGCUGAAAUUUAUGGAAAAUUGACAAAGGAACUGCAAAUAUUGUUUUACCAAUUUGUCUAUACCUUGGCUUAAAGGACCACUAUAGUGCCAGGAAAACAUACUCGUUUUACUGGCACUAUAGUGCCCUGAGGGUGCCCCCACCCUCAGGGACCCCCUCCCGCCGGGCUGGAUGGCGAGGAAAGGGGUUAAACUUACCUUUAUUCCAGCGCCGGUUGGGGAGCUCUCCUAUGGACACUGGCGUCUUCUCACUGUGAUUUUCACAGUGAGAAGCACGCAUGCGCCUCUAGCGGCUGUCAAUGAGACAGCCACUAGAGGAUUUGGAGGCUGGAUUAACCCAUAUAUAAACAUAGCAGUUUCUCUAAAACUGCUAUGUUUAUAAAAAAAAAGGGGUUAGUCCUAGAGGGACCUGGCACCCAGACCACUUCAUUAAGCUGAAGUCGUCUGGGUGCCUAGAGUGGUCCUUUAACAUUUUUUAAUCCUUGGGGUUGUUUGCACGCAGUAGGUUUAGUUAAAUUUUGCAUUCCCAAUCAUCUAAUUUAGCUCAAUAACAUGUACAGAAUAGUAACAACAGAAUAAUCCAGUAUAUAAUGUUCUGUAAUUUGCCAAAGUAAUUACAUAAAUUCCAAGGAAACUAUUUUAUUAUAUAUCUGAAAGCUUCCUGGACUAUCAACAAGGUCAAAACAAGCAAGCAACGUUUUGAAAAAUCCUGAUUGUCUUUUCUCUCUCCCUCUCUUUGCAGAAAAAACACAAUAAAAGCAAUUUCUGCUUUUGACCGAAAUAAAAUUACAUCUCAGCCCAAAUCUCCAUUCAAACUUUUUUUCAGUUUCACAUUUUUUUUCCUUCCUUAAAAUCUUCAUUCUUUUUAACACAUCACUGCCAUCCUUAACCCCUUGAUGCCACAAUCCUUCCGGCGAUGAGGGUCCCAGGUUAAAAGGGCAACAGAUUUUUUGGGCUGUUUUUUUUUUGGGGCUGUUUUUUUUUUCUCUGGUUUCCAAGUGCCUUUUAAAUCGUGCUUCCAUUGUUACCCCCUUUUUAUAGCGCUCCCAUCCUUGUAGCAACCCCAAAUUAUUCUGCAGAUAAAAAAAACAAUGAAGACAACUUCACGCAGCCGAACGAUCUGGAUGAAAGAAUAUAUUUGCCAGUCUUUUCCCUACCAGCGAAAGCCACGAAGCCGGGGUUUUGUAAAUGCAGCAGUGUUGGUUAUCCUGUCCCUAUCCUCUGAGGGAGAUGCAGCUUGUAGCAAAAAACGGAAGCAAUUAAACCAAAUGAAAACUGUUCUAGCUAUUUAUUAAAAUUAAACAAUAACUUAAAGUCUGACUUGUCGUGUAUUUUGAUUUAUUGAUGUAUCCACUAUAUAAAAGCCAACAGCAUUCAGUAAUAAUUUAUACCUCCCAGCAUUUCAAAUGGUCAAAUUGGGGCGCUUUAAUCUUAGGAGGUGAGGCUGGAGGUGU